AUGAAAAUGAUAGCACUUGAAAGGGGAAAAAGAUGCUGGAUCAUAGAAGAUGCUAACCAAAAUAUUAUCAAGCGCUACAAAUAUAACUGAUUUGCCAAAUAUUUUCAUCCAUUUUUCUUGGAAUACUCUGUUUUGAAAACUAGCAGCCUAAAAAUUUGGGUAGCAUCAGGCUCAAAUUCAAGCAAAAAGCAUGCAGAAACUUCUCACAAAGCUUUAUCCCCCCAAAAAGUAAAAUUUUAUGAAGCCAAUGCUUUUAAAGUGGGCUGAAGAAAAUAA